AUGUCUGACAACGAAGGCCCUCGCCGCGAUCACGGCUCGUCGAAUCGCGGCAACGACAAGAAGCGCAAAUGGGCAGAUAAGGAUCGCAGAAAUGCUGCAAGAGGAGGCGGUGGACGCCAGCAAGGUGGAAGCCAUCCGAAUAAGAAGAGGAAUAUGGGACAUCGACGAGACCGCAACAAGGAGCAGCAAGCCAAGAUUAAGGCCAUGGAAGAAAAGGGCGAGAACGAAAGACCAGCGCUCCCCGCAGCGUUUCCCGCCGAAGAGAUCGAGGCAGAAGAGCGCAGACCCAAGCGCAAAGUCGCAGUCAUGAUCGGCUACUCGGGCACCGGCUACAAGGGCAUGCAAAUCGACAACAAGCAGAAGACCAUCGAGGGCGAUCUAUUCAACGCAUUCGUCGCGGCCGGUGCCAUUUCAAAGGCAAACGCAGUCGACCCCAAAAAGGUCUCCCUCGUCCGUUGCGCGCGUACCGACAAGGGCGUACAUGCUGCUGGAAACGUAGUGUCACUGAAGUUGAUCAUCGAGGACGAGGACAUUGUAGACAAGAUCAACAGCCAUCUCACCGAUCAAAUCAGGGUUUGGGGCAUUCAGAGGACCGUCGGCUCCUUCAGCUGCUACCAGGCGUGCGACUCGCGAUGGUACGAAUACCUGAUUCCGACGCAUUCGUUCCUUCCCCCACACCCGUCAAGUUUUCUGGGGAAGAAGCUGGAAGAGUUUGCAGAGAAGGAAAACGACCUCGAGGGAUACCGCGCGAGACAGGCUGAAGUGGCCAACUUCUGGCCCGAAGUUGAGGAGAAGCAUAUCAAGCCCAUCUUGGACUCAUUAGACGACUCAAUACGACCAUUAGUACAAGAGGCACUCUACAAUAUGGAGUACAUCGAUGCGCCAGCUGGAGAAGACCGUAUAGUUGACGCUUCCAUUGAGAAGCAAGAGGCCGAGAAAGAGAAGGCUGCCGACGGAAAGGACACCAACAUGACCGAGGCUGCCGAGGAAACCGCAAAGCUGGAUGCCAGCGAAGUAGAGCCUAAAUCUCAGCCCUCCGAUGAAGCCAAAGAAGUCAUCUCCGCAGUCGAGCAAAACGAUCCCAGCAUAACCCUCGACUCCACCACCGACGGCACGCGUCCCCUGCCCCCCGGCGUCGUCAACCAAUCCCCCCUCGAAGAAGCCAUCAAGACCCUCAAGAAAACUUACAUCGACAUCAAAAAAGCCUACCGCAUCUCCCCCGAGCGACAAGCCCGCGUCCAGGCCGCCCUCAACAACUACCUCGGAACCCACCGUUACCACAACUACACCGUGCACAAGAAAUACAACGACAAGUCGGCCCAGCGCUACAUCAAGAGCUUCCAAGUCGCCCCCAAGCCCAUCAUCAUCAACGACACCGAGUGGCUGAGUCUCAAGGUCCACGGUCAAAGUUUUAUGAUGCACCAGAUCCGCAAAAUGGUGGGUAUGGCCGCCUUGACAGUACGGUGUGGCACCAACCCCGAGAUAAUGGAGGAGAGCUUCGGCAACAACGUUGUUCGCAUCCCCAAAGCGCCUGGUCUGGGCUUGUUGCUAGAACGACCCGUGUUUGAUUCGUACAACGCCAAACUGGCCAAACAGCAUGAUCGCGAUCCCAUCAACUUUAACAAGUUUAAUGACAAGAUCGAAGAGUUCAAAGAGAGAGAGAUUUACCAGCGCAUCUUCAGGGAGGAGGCGCAGGGAAACCAACGAUCAGUUUCUGUACCUUACGUCUGGCGGCAUUGCGGCGACGAAGAGGAAGCGCGAGGGCAAGCCUACGGAGCAGAAGUUUGA